CGCAUGAACAUUUUGCAGUUUGUUAAAUGCGUGCGUGAAGGUUGGAGUGAAGAAUUCGAGCCGAUUUCGAGUCCUAGUCCUCGCCACAAAAGUGGGUCAGAAUUGGAAGCGUUCGAUUAAGCCAAAUAAACCAGCGCAGCAACCUGAAGCCGAAACACGCCCGCCAAAGAGGAAAAGUGCACGAGGGUGGUACAACAACUUCGCAUAUAGAUACGCCGCAGAGCCGGGGAAAAUGUAAACAAUUUGUGAACAAUAACAACACCGAUAGACGUUUUCCAAAGAUUUCGAUAGCUUUCUACAUCGAUCAAACACACGCAUGAGAUAAACGAAUAAGAACGGACGGAGAAAGCAGCAGCAAGCAAAGUGACGACUAUGGGAUACCCCGUGAUCGCGAAGAGUGCGUGAAUUUGACAACGGAAAAGCGCCUUUGCAUCGACGACGACUGCCGCCUUGUGCUAUAGAAACGUGAUCUCACCACCAACAUUACUCUUAUGAUGGAACUCUUGUCAAACAAUUCGGUUCCGCAACAAAUGGCCAGCAGCAAUGCGCCGAGCGCCAAUGGCGUGGCCAACUCCUCCUCAACGGCCAAUGGCAGUGGCGGCGGCAGCGUUAGCAGCAAUGCCAGCAACUCCUCCGAGCGGUUGCUGGCGGGUAUCCUCGAUAGCUUCCCCGCCUGGGAUCUCAAUGUGGGCAUGCUCUCGAAUGUGGGUCAGAGCUCGCCACCACGCACGGACUUCUUCAUUAACAAUUUCUUGGGUGGCUUGGACACACACGGCGACUUCAGCAUGGGUCCCAUCGGCAGCGGUGCACGCAGCAAUCCCAAAAUGUCUCCCGAAUCAUCCAAUAACUCAAGCAUUAGCUGCGGCUGGUGCGAGGUUAGCGCCUCGAUACGCUGCCUGGAGUGCAACGAGUUCAUGUGCAACGACUGCCUAAGGGAGCACAGGAACAGUCCUUUGUCCUCCAACCAUUCGAUCGUCUCUCUGCCGACGCCCAUUGGAGCCUCACCCACGGGCGGGAGCUCUGCGAAUGUCCAUACACCGCCCAGCGGCAACUUCAUUUGCGACAUACACAACGAGAUGCUGCGCUAUGUGUGUGAUUACUGUCGCAAGCUGGUGUGCCAAUGCUGCACGCUGCACGAACACAAGGAGCACAGCUAUGCGUCUAUACAGAGCUUCAUGGUUGGAUCCAAGGAGAAGCUCGAGGGCGCCAUCGAGAGCAGCCAGGUGGGGACGCGGUGCAUCAAAAGCAGCAUUGACAAGGCCCUGGCCUUUAUUCGGCUGAUUGAGCGCAACUGCAGCGAGCUGAGUGACAAUAUACGUAAAGCCUUCCGUCAGUUCAUCAUUGCCAUCGAGGAUCGCGAGCGUUUCCUACUCGACUUUGUGGAGAAGCUUCGCCAGCGACGCCUGGCCAUUCUGCACGAUCAGAUGGCAGGUUUGAAGUCUGCCCUCGCCGGUCUCUCGGAGACCUCCGACAUGCUCAGCAAGGUGGCCGAUAAUGCCUGCAAUAUGGACCAAAUUGAGAUUGCUAUGAAGUUGACCAAUGGCCAGCGACAGAUGGAGCAGUUUGCCGGCAUCUACAAGGAUCUGCAGCCCAAGCAGGAGGUCUUUGCCUUCGCCCCACCCGACUACAGUCUACUGCAGGACAUCCGCAACCAAGGCGGCGUCAUUCUGGUGGACGACAAGAACAUGCCCAUCGUCUCUAGUAGCAAUGGCAUUGUGCCGAGCGUCUCUAGCGUCAGUGCUGUCGCUGCCGCUGCUGCCUCUGUGGGAGUUGGUGUCGGCACCGUUGGCGGUGGAGUUGGCAACGUGGGAGUUGGCAACGGCAUGGACAUGGCCUUUGGCAUGAAUCUGCCUAACAAUCCGCUGAGUGUGGCCUCCACGAAUGUCCGACGUCCCCUGCUGCGCGACAACAGUUUCCGCAUCCCGUCGCCCAUUAUGCAGCCCCGAGGAGGUAGUGCCUGCGGCAUGUCCAGCGCUGCUCUGGACUGGGAGCUCAAUGGAUUGCGCAGCUCGCCGGGAUUGCACUUCAGUGCGCCGAGAACAACGCAAGCGAUUCCCGGUUGCAUGGAUCUGGUCAAAGUGCGUAACUCAAAUGCUUUGUCGCUGUCGUUUGCCACCGAGGGCCAUGAGGAUGGACAGGUGAGCCGGCCAUGGGGCCUGUGCGUGGACAAGAUGGGCCAUGUACUGGUCUCGGAUCGUCGCAAUAAUCGCGUUCAGGUCUUCAAUCCCGAUGGCUCCCUGAAGUUCAAGUUUGGUCGCAAGGGCGUGGGCAAUGGCGAGUUCGAUCUGCCCGCCGGCAUCUGUGUGGACGUGGAUAAUCGCAUCAUAGUGGUGGACAAGGACAACCAUCGCGUACAGAUCUUCACUGCCAGCGGUGUUUUCCUGCUCAAAUUCGGCAGCUAUGGCAAGGAGUACGGCCAGUUCCAGUAUCCCUGGGAUGUGGCCGUAAAUUCCCGUCGUCAGAUCGUGGUCACCGAUUCGCGCAAUCAUCGCAUCCAGCAGUUCGACUCGGAGGGUCGCUUCAUCCGCCAGAUAGUGUUCGACAACCAUGGGCAGACCAAGGGCAUUGCCUCGCCACGAGGCGUUUGCUACACACCCACGGGCAACAUAAUAGUGUCUGACUUUGACAACCACUGCCUCUACCUUAUUGAUCCUGACAUUAACGAUAUCCUGUCCGUCAAGGGACACGAGGGCUCGGGCUUCCACGAGUUCAAUCGGCCUUCGGGCCUGUGCUGUGACGACGAGGGCCGCAUUAUAGUGGCCGAUUCCAAGAAUCAACGCAUCCUGGUCUUUAAUCAGAACCUGGACUUUAUGUGGGAUAUUGAGGUGCGUCCCUCGAUAAAUCCGCUAAUGCCACCGACGCUGGACGAGAAGGAUCGAACCUGCGAUGUGGCCCUUAUGCCAGACGGUCGCAUUGUAUUCCUCAUUGAACUGUCGCCAGACUCCAAGGAAGGGUCUAACCCUUACAAGCGGUUUGUGCACGUAUUCUAAGUUAGGUUAGCGAGUGCCGAUCUUUUUUAGACCAUUUACACACACAGACACACAGGAGCCAAGAUCAGAUUGAAAAGGAACAAAGCAAAGAACAAAGUAGAAAACAGGAGCCGUUAAGCGAAAGGGAUAAAAAUCAGUAGAAGAAAAUUCCGGAGAGCAUGGAAAAAUUAGUGAAAAUUUUUAGCUUAAGUGCUACAACGAUUACCUCGAUAAUGCUUAAGAGUUAUAAUGGUUACGAUUCUGGUAAUUUACACAAUACAACAAUACGAAUUACACAUAUGUAUCUACAGAUAUCUAGAUAUCUACCAGACGCGUAUGCCUAAACAUACAAUAUAUAUACAUAUAUAUAUAUAGCGAAUAUACAAGAGCAAGCCCCAAAACAACCAACUAGAACGGGAAAAAAAACUAAAGUGGAAGCAUAUAGGAUGUAGGAGAUAAUUAGCAGUAGGCGAUAGAUAGUCAGAGGAGCAUUCAGGACCUAGUGAAAAGGAUAAAGCAAAAAGGGGGUAAACUCUCGAACCAUUUACUAGAUGAAAAUAUUCAAAUACCUGUUAGUUAGACUGAAAAGGCAGUUUGCUAGCUGAUGGAGAGUGCGUUUUUUAUGGCAUCGGUUGCUUAGCGGAAAGAUGAGCGAGAGAUAACUACUAUAUAGGGUUAUAUACAAUACAUGUUCUCUUUUUUUUUGUAUCUUUGGUUCGACAAGAGUUAGCAGACUUUGUGCGGAAUAUGGUAUUAAUAAUGAUUGUAUUAUAUUCUUAAUUCGUUUGUCCUUAAACUGUUUUGUUUGUUUUAAAAUAACUUUUUUUUUCCGCGAUAUUUGUAUGUAUUUUAUACUGAUUUCUUAUAUUAUUGAGACUGAGCAAGUGAGUACACGAACUUUGUAAGAGCAAAACAAAGAAAAAAAACAAGUAAACAAUGGAAGGAAACCCGCUGACUUUUUGGUUGAACUUUUUAACAAAGACUGAUUAAAACUAAACCGCAAUUUCGGAGCCAACUGAAAGAACCAUAUAUUAUGGUGAGGCCAAAAAAGAUAAAACAAAAAACAACAACGUGAAAACGAGACAACACUCAAAAAUUGCAAUGACAUUGAUAUAACGUAAAGUAACUUAACAUAGCUUAACUUAACACACACCUAUACCUAUAGAGAUCCGAUCACAAAGUCAUAAAAUCAUGGGCAUAGCUGACAAAACCGAGUUUAACUUACAUUAUACUUCAUCCGCAUCCGCAUCCACAUUCCCAUCCACAUCCAAUAUCGAGUUCCGCAUCUUCAUCCAGCGCUUUUUGUGCAAGCAUCACAGGCAGGGCUUUCCGUUUUGUAAUUAAGAAGGACAGGCGGUAGUAGAGGUGAGGGGUUAGCUAAAACAAACAAAAGUAACGAAAAAAAUUAUCAUAAUUUUUGACUCAAUGUGUUCAUUAGCAUUUAGUAGACUUAGCGGGGGCGUGGCAUAGUGAAAAACGUAUGGGAAAAAUCCAGAGCAAUAUACAAUGUAUGGGCGUAUUGAAUACACAUUUUAGGUGACAUGUUCCUCGCAAAAGAAACACAAGAAACAACCAGAAAUAAGAUACAAAGCAUGUAAAACAAAUUGAAAAACAAUGAAUGAAUUAGCUGAAUUAGCUGAAUUAUCUGUCUUUGGAGGUGGAACGAUUUUUACUAGCAAAUAUAUACACACACACUAAACAGAGACUAGGUACGAUUCUAGGCUAAAUAGAUCCUGGUGAAAAAUUGCAAAAUGUAUUAAGCCAACUUAGUUACUUAGUUUACGUUAUGUUCUUACUUUACCUGUUUUUUAAAACGUUCAGUCUAUAUUCUUUGUACUUGUGUUUAAAAACAAAAACCCGACCUUAGAGAUUGAGAUAGAUGUGUGUACGAGAGAGAGAGAGAAUACAUAGCUACACUCCUUCCACGAAUAAAGCAACAUUGCAUAAAAUGCGCAAAGAAAAAACUAAAAACAAAAACAAAACAACCUUAAAAUCAUAAAAAAAACUAACCAUACCUUAAAAAAAAUAAUGCAAAAAUGCUAGAAGGCUCUACGAGAGCGAUGGCAACAAAAAACAUAUACAAUAUUUAUAUAUAUACACGUAAUAUAUACACCAGAACGCAGAAUGCAAACAGAAUGAGACGGGGGUCGACCUACCUACAUACUUAGAGCUAUAUAGAGAGUAGAUAUCGUAAUUAUUUUACACCUUAGUUUAGUUUAGUCAACCCCACACGAAUCGCCAUAACAUACUCGUCGUAACCUCAUUUUUAAUCGAUAAUUCACCGAUUUGUAAAUCGGUAAUCGGUAAUAGUAAAUCGUAAAAUCGAAAAACGUAAACCGUAAAUCGUAAACCUUGAAGCGCCGUUCAUUUCUUGUGAUCCAGAUCGAAUCAUUAUUCAAAUCCAAAUAAUAAUUAAAAAAAAAAGAACACUCGCACACAUUCAGCGCACGCCGAAAGCAUCAUCCCACAACACAUAUGUGUAUAUAUAUCAUAUAUACAAUAUCGUAUCGUAACCGUAUCGGGCCUAGCGACGACAUCCGAGAGAAUGCCAUAUUUUAUAUUUGUGUGAGAUUUACUACUAAAACAAAACCAAUACUAAAGAACUAAAUACUUAUAUAUCAUUACAAAUGAGCGCCGUUUUCUAAAAGCCACAGUUUAGAAAUUGUGUAAAAAAAAUAAAACAAAAAGGAAAAAAAAAAUAAUAAUAGUAUAAACUACAAGCUUAAAAAAAAAAAGAAAGGGAUGACAAUUAUUGAGGUCUAAGCGAGAAUACCGAAUGCCAUAAUUCAAAAUAAAAAGCAUUUAAACAUAUAUAUUAUAUAUCUAUAGAAUAUACUAAAGUAUGUUAAACACAAAACAACAAGAUUUACUAAAAACUAAAAGUCAUGAAAAGAUACUGAACAAUUUGCCAAAGGCUUAAGAAUCAAAAAACGAAUAAAAAAGCAAAAAUAACUUACAAAACAAACACUACACUCAUUACACAUCAGAGAUGGACGAACAUUGAUGUUUAUCGAUUAGCUUCGAUUGUUUUCGAUGGCAUGACGAUAACUUCUAUUUUCUUCCAACUCUACAUUAUACACAACAUUCAAAGAAAGCCUACGCAUUAAAUAGUUAAUUAAAGAACAAAGUACAUACCAAAAAAUACACAUACACUCUUAAUUCAAUUGCAAACAGGUAUUUUUGUUUAAAAAUAAACCGAAUAUAUUCCAAAAAACACCAAACAAAACGAAACAAAAGUUUGCCCGAACCAACAAUUAAUUCUAAAAGCAAGCAGAAUGCUCAUUAAAACGUAGCCUCUAAACUCUAAACUAAACUAAAGUAAAAAAAAAACACUAAAAACGAAUCCAAAACUUAAAUCAGGUAUUCAAUUUCUUUCGUAUUACGUACUUAGCAGUUAAGGAAAGGGGGAGAAAAUAACGAGAAUCGACUAAGAAUAAUCCCUGGGGAUGUGCGAAUGAUUUUCAAAAAUAAACCCCGACAUACAUAUUGAUUAAGCAACUCUUUUUAUAUAUAAACCAAUCGAUUGACGAUGCUAAAACAUAACAAAAAGGAAAUAAAGAAAAGAGAGAAAGCAAAGAAAAGGAUUGAACUCUUAUAUCAAAAUACAAUUUUGAGUAAAACUUUUAAUGACACAAAAACCACAAGCAAUUCUCGGCAAGCACAGAGAAAUUAUUUCUUUAUUACUAUAUUAUAACAAGGAAAAUCUCUAAAAUUAUGCAUACAACAUACUUACUUACCUACGAUCAUAAUUAUAUUUUGUCAAAAUCAUUUAGCAAUUAAGUUGAACCCAAAUCCACCACAAAACGAAGACAACAAAACCAGAUUAUAUCUAAAUUCGAUUUUUUUGAUGGUAUUUGGAAAUUAUCAAACCUACGCAUACACACACACACACAUUACUAAACACAUAUGUAAUAAUUAUGGAGCAAUUGAGUACAAAACGAGUACAAAUUUAAAUUUUAAGCCAGGAUCAGACGACGACACACACAGUUUUAAGUUUAAAGUUAAAGCAUAUAAUAGAUUUCGAUUGGAGAGCGCAGAGCAGCAUAGGAAGAAAAUAUUGAUAGUGCCAGCUACUGGUUUCGCAUAGCAAAAAGUACUGCAUACUGCAAGGAUAUUCAUAGAGGAUCGAACGAUCGACAGCAUACUAACCACAUUUAUUCGCAUAGUCACAUACUUACAUAGUUACUUAAAACAUAGACUAACCCCCCACACAUAUAUCUAGAAAAUGAAAAAAAAACCAUCCCACUCUUCUCCUUCAACUAUGAUUUGCUUCGGAAUAUACCAUAUAAUAUAUAGAGACCAGGUUCUCGGCAUACGCGAAAUUAUCUCAUACAUUCUCACUCACCCCACUCAGCAUAUAGUAUGUAGGGAAGUGCGGGUACUAGGUACACCCACCAGUAAGCAGCUACGUAAGUCAUAUAUAUUGUAUAUUUGCCGAAAGCUAAAGGAAAUCUACCAAAAUCAAGCGACAGAUUCAAUAACGAGUUGCAGUUUAAAAUUGUAAUUGUCAGAAAAAAAAUAUGAAAAUGAAAAUAGUGAACGAAAAGCGAACGGGCAAACUGCGAAGCGUGGCUUGGUCAUUUUUCUAUAUACAUGCAUACACAUACAUAUUUAUAUACCCAAAUAUAUAUAUAUAUUGUAUAUAUAUAUAUACACAUAUAGAUGUGGACUUGACGAGACAAGAGUAAGAGUAUAUUUUAUACGAUAAACAAAUUUUAUAACAUAUUUAAUAAUAAAUUAUACACUAAUAAUUGUGGAAA